AGAAGGAGAACUAGUAGGCUGACUAGAUUUGUCGGGCAAAUGACAGAACCAAACACAGGAUACGCCGGCGUCAAAUUAAGCCGUAUAACAUGUCUGCCGGAAUGAAAAACGUCCGACAAAAUCGGAAACGGGAAGACAUGAAAUCAAGAUGUCUGACCAAAUCCGGCCACUCCAAAUUUCAUUCAACAUGAAAUAUGAAAUUCGACUGAAUCGAAAGCUCCAAAGCCUUUUCUCAGAACACCAAAUACGUUGACGCCCUUCCAAUCAAUUCCGUGCCCAGGUGGGUAUUAGUUGACGCCCCUUGGUGGUCUGUAGAAAACAUUUUGACGGUCUGGAUGAUGGGGAACGAGGGGACGGCGUCAAUGCGGCUGUGGAACGAUGACAACACGGCUCUCAUGGAGGCCUUCAUGGGUCACAUGGAUUACUCCUUCCCCUGGACUGGAAUUGACGCCACUCCGCAGCUUCACGAGGCGCCGCCACCACCGAUUUUGACGGCCCCUGCGCCGUCAUUUAACCAGGAUACACUACAGCAGCGGUUGCAGGCUCUGGUGGAGGGAGCCGCAGAAAGCUGGACAUAUGCCAUCUUCUGGCAGGUAUCUGCUGAUGCAGAGGGCACGACGGUGCUCGGGUGGGGCGACGGCUACUAUAAGGGUCCUCGAGACUUGACGGAGGAGGAAAAUGCAUCAAAUAGGGCUUCUUCUUCCUCUGCUUUUGACGGCUCGGCUGCGGAUCAGGAGCUGCGGAAGAAAGUGCUGCGAGGUCUCCACGCUCUCAUUAAUCCCGAGUUGGAAGUUGCAGAGGUUUCGACGACAGUUGACGGGGAAGUGACGGAUGAAGAGUGGUUUUAUCUGGUGUCUAUGAUGCAGUCGUUUGCUAAUGGAUGUGGCGUGCCAGGGCAGGCGUUUUUUACUGCAAUACCCAUAUGGAUUGUAGGCCCUGAUAGGCUCCUGGAAUAUACCUGUGAUAGGGCUCGCCAGGCCCAGCAAUUCGGGAUUCAGACCAUGGUGUGUAUUCCGACGCCUAAUGGAGUCGUGGAGUUAGGUUCGACUGAGUUGGUUCAACAGAACUGGAAUUUGAUGCAGCAGGCGAGAAAUUCCUUCACUUUUACAGAGAACUUAAAUUCUGUCUGGGAUGAAGCAAAUCCUGGGUAUAAUAACUGUACUAACGUUGACGCUGAUCCGUCAUUUUGGUUGACGGAACCUCCUGUAGAAGAGCAGCAACAGCAGAAAGUUGAAGUAGAGAAGCCCAUACAGCAGACAGAGGCGGAGAACCUUAAUGGGUUUUUUGAGUUGGGGUUUUCGGACCUAGCUUUUGGGGGAGACCGUCAGAUGACAGGACAUUUUCAAGUUGGUCAAGAGAUGGUGUAUGCUCCCUGCAAAACAGAAGCUUUGGAUAUUACUCAGGGUUUGCAGAACGGCAAGAUGCAGAAAGUGGCCAGGGAUGAGGAGGUCAUUACCUUGAGCUUUGCAGAGGCUCGAACCCAUGAUCUCCCCCAGGGCUUAGUGGCUUCUAAUUCUGGUACUGCUACUGUUUUGCCAAUGAAAUCUAGUGUUGAAUCAGAGCAUUCUGACAUUGAGGCCUCCAUCAAAGAAGCGGAGUGCAGCCAGGCUACCUUUGUAGAGAGAAAGCCCAGAAAAAGGGGUAGGAAGCCUGCAAAUGGCAGGGAGGAGCCACUGAAUCACGUGGAAGCUGAGAGACAGAGACGAGAGAAGUUGAAUCAGAGAUUCUAUGCAUUGAGGGCUGUGGUUCCCAAUGUGUCUAAGAUGGAUAAGGCUUCACUGUUGGGAGAUGCUAUUUCUUAUAUUAACGAGCUUCGCGGCAAGGUGGGGGAUGCAGAGUCUCAUAAUAAGAAUCUGCAAGCCCAAGUUGAAGCAUUGAAGAAGGAAAUGGUGGUGGUCAGAGAAACCGGUGCUGCUGCUUCUGGGUCUGAUUUUGGUUUGAUCAAGGACCAAUGCCAAUCGGCUGAUUCAUCUGAUGCCAAAGGCGUUGGCUUGAAUAGCAAUAAGCAUACUGGUACGGAGCUCGAGGUUCGAAUACUUGGCAUGGAGGCAAUGAUCAGAGUUCAGUGCCCAAAACAGAACCACCCUGUUGCUAGAUUGAUGGGGGCGUUGAAGGAGCUCCAGCUUGAGGUACACCAUGCUAGCGUAUCCACUGUGAAGGAAUUGAUGAUACAAACAGUCAUUGUGAAGAUGACAGGAGGUAUUGUAUAUAGUCAAGAACAACUAAAUGCUGCACUCAGCAGGUCAGUUGUAGAUGCUGCCCUUAGAUAGCAUUUCCUAUGCACUUCUCUUGGAUGAGCCCAUCAGAGACGACGUCAUCUCAAAGAUGACUGCUUUUUGUAACAUGUCUGUAUACCAGUAGCACAGACAAUACCUCCCACUGAGUUCAUUCUUGACGGCUAUCAUCUAGAGACCAAAUUUCAUUUUUGUUCUUCAGAGCAGCAUACAAGGAAUCCUGUACCAUAAAGUAGCUCAAACUGAUAUAAAUUCAGGUCAGAUAUUUUUGUCAUAACAAUGUGCGUGGUACAUUCAGUGUUGUUUUUUUGCCUUGCAAAGUGAUGUGGCGUCUUACAUACCUUAUCUUGUAAAAUAGUCCAGUAUUGGUAUGACAUAGUGACGCACCUUAUCAUCCUGUAAAAUAGUCAUUGAAUAAUGAAGAACAAGCAUUUACUUCUAGCUGGGCAUGCAUGAUUUCAAUGUAUGGAGAAGAUCCAAAGGGCUCGCCUGUUGGUUUAGAGCAUGUGAUAUGCACUUGUGAGCAAGAGGAUUCGCUGAUAUCUAUCUGGUUUUGGACUUGAGAGCCAUCUGUUCAAACUAACAUAACCAUCUUUGGACUUGUAUUCUAUGUUCCAGGUCUUUUUGAUCUGGAGCAACCUUUUUUUGGCUGUCUAUGGUCUACCUCCAUUUUGGCUUGUUUAGAAGGUUUUAUGUACCAUAUCACCUUUGUGGAGUCUCUCUAACUUGUAGGACAUGUAAUGUCGUAGUCGGCAAGGAGUCCUUAUUAGUCUCCAAAUUUAUUUUCUUUUUCCAUAUUAUUGGUGUUAAUUUGAAAAAAGUGCAUUGCUUUGUAAAUCUUAAAACCAAUGGAGCUUAUUUGAAUUCUUAGUUCCUACAUAUCAUACAUGGGCUUUUUGUGGUGUCCCAUCAUUGAAAACUUGAAUGUUUUCAGGGCAGAAGAUAUAUCUGCAAACAGUGGGGAGGAAUAGAUGCAUCGAGAAAGUGAGCUGUGGGAGUAAUCAUAUUUUCACAAGCCUUCAGAUAGUUCACCUUACUCUUAACAGGCAUUUAUAUGACACGAAUUCUCCAGAGGAUAGAGUCCUUUUUCCUAAUUACUAGACCUGUCAUAAGCACUAACAAUAAUGUACUGCAGUUUGGUCAUAAAUGUGUUACAGGGAUGAUCAUCAGCCUAAGCAACCCUCAAGCAGGCUUAGAGCUUCAAUUCUCCAUUGUUGCGAAAUACAGGAAUCAUCUAAUCCAUAAAGUUCUCCACAUUGUAGUUAAACUUAAAUAAUUAUAUUCACAUUUUUUAUCCCUCUC